AUGGCGGAGCCCCUCGCCGACGAGGACGACGACGUCGAAGGGCGGCACGGCCCUCCGCUCUCGGCGUUCCCCGCGGCCGACAAGGAGUUCUUCGACUUCGUCGAGAACGGCUCCGUGGACGACGUGCGGAACUUUCUCGACGCCAAUCGCGACUUCGACAUCGACGUCGUCAACUUCCAAGGCCUGAACGCGCUCUACGUCGCCGUCCAGGAGAAGAACGUGGGGAUGGUCGAGUUCUUGCUCUCGCGAGACAUCGACGUCAAGGACGCCGGGCUGCACGCCGUCCGGGUGAACGAGCCCAGGAUCGUCGUCAUGAUUCUCGACAAACUCAACGCCGUGACGCCGGCCGGGGAGUACGUCGGGGUGUCGGGCAGCUCCGACUUCCCGGACGACACGACGCCCCUCGUGGUCGCCGCCCAGAGCGGCCACUACGAGAUGGUGAAGCUCCUCCUCGACCGGAAACACCGGAUCGCCAAGCCGCAUCCUCCCAGCUGCAACUGCGAGGAGAUCUGCAAGCCUCAGCGGGCCGCCGAGGACACCCUGACGCUCACCAAGAAGCGACUGAAUCUCUACAGGGCCGUCGCCAAUCCCGCCUACAUCUGCCAAACGUCGGAGGACCCCUUCCUGGUGGCGUUCGCGCUGACCAAGGAGCUCGACCGGGCCGCGUCCUACGAGAGCGAGUUCUACUAUCAGUACAAGAGUCUCUCCCAGGAGAUUCGCAAGUUCACCGGCGAGCUGAUCGGCUUCGCGAGGACCGCCAGCGAGGUCGAGGCCGUGCUCAAGCGAUCGAACGGGGUCCCGGGACACUCCGCCAAGUUCUUCUACCCGAGGCUCCUCCUCGCCAUGGACUGCAAGCAGAAGGAGUUCGUCGCCCACCCGAACGUUCAGCAAGUCAUCUCUUCCCACUGGGUCGGCGACUGGUACGAGUGGAAGAUCAGGUCGUCCUUCGGGAAGGUCUUCACCGUCCUACCUCGCGUCCUCCUGCUGCCGGUCGUCGUCGCCGCGAUCCUGCUGGCGCCCAAUUCCGGAAGGUCGAAACGUUGGCAGACGCCGAUCAACAAGUUCCUCUCCUUCAUCGCGAGCUACGUCGUCUUCCUGGUGUUCGUCUUCCUGCAGUCGAACGUGGACAAGACCAACCAGACCCGGGGACCGCCCAGCAGCGGUUACGAGGCGUUCCUGGUCAUCUACGUGGCCUCGUACGCGUGGUCGGCGUUCCGGCUCUGCGUCAUCUACGGCCUCCGGCGGUACCUGAGGACGUACUGGAACUGGUAA